AGAUUUUCGCGGGAGGGAUGCGCGUCCGUUUCCAUCUGCGUGGUUUGUUCGCAUCGCAUGAUUGUUGUAGGAAGUCUCUCGUUUUUUUUUCCUCUCGUUUUUUUUUUCUCUCCUCCAGCCGGGCUAUUCAAACCUGCAGAUCUAAGUAAACAAUCAUUCGCUCACUUAAUGCAAAUAAUGCGGCGUUUUACACGUCGCUCCUUUGAUCUGAAUUCACGCGCUUUAUUUUUGUCGCUAAAAAAUUUGGGAUCUGCAGAAUAUGGCGCCCUGUCCUUAUAAAAAUAAGACAGGCUGCCAUUUUUGUUUUCCUUUUGUCUGAAAUUUUUAAUAAAACUGUCUGAGAAUGUGGGAGAGGCAGACACCGGGGACCUGCACUCUCAGAAGCCACGAAAUGCGUCCGUUCGCCUUAUUUCGCGAGAGUUUUUAAUUUGAUGUUUGAUCAAAGACGACGCGCUUUAAUUGGGAAUGAUUUCAAGGAUGCCGAUAGAAUAAAAGAAAAAAGUUGAAAUGGCAGAACCUAGAUUUAAUAAUCCAUACUUCUGGCCUCCUCCACCUUCUAUUCCUGGUCAGUUGGAUAACCUCGUGCUGAUCAACAAGAUCAAAGAGCAGCUCAUGGCGGAGAAAAUCAGACCUCCACAUCUGCCGCCCACUUCUGUCCCUUCCCAGCAGCCCUUGCUGGUUCCACCCACAUCCACAGAAGGCGGGCAGCACAAUAUAUCAACGCCCAAGCUCCAGCAGAUGCCAGGGCUCCAUGUGCACAGCACCUCCCAGCCUGACAUCGCCCUACACGCACGACCCGCCUCCAGCACCGUCGCAGGUCGUAUUCUGGGUGACGUGAACUUGAAUCUGGACGAUAAGACUGCCAUUAAAGCAAGGGGAUUGUGGGAAGACUGGCAUUUGCGGCAAAUCAUAGACCAGCCAUCCAGAGUGAAUCAUCUGUCAGGACUGUCACUGACAUCUUCUCGAACUGCCAACCACAACACGUCAGAGAGCGUGACGCCGACCACCCCGACCACUCCAACCACCAGCAGUCAGACGCGUCACGGCGGCGCUCCUUCCCCAAACCUCAUCUCAGGACUGGCCUGUGGGCCGGGGAUGGAGGCUUUCAAAAACAGCGGAGGACUGGCAGGACUGCUGGGUCCACCUCCCAAGAGCAUAGGACGAGGUCGCAAAAAGAUCAAAGCUGAAAACCCUUCUGGGCCGCUCUUAGUCGUUCCCUACCCAAUCCUGGCCUCUGGAGCCGACCAAUCACCUGUCAGCAUCACUGCCAAAGAGGGCAAAACAUACAGAUGUAAAGUGUGUCCGCUGACGUUCUUCUCCAAGUCAGACAUGCAGAUACACUCCAAGUCUCACACAGAAGCAAAGCCACACAAGUGCCCUCACUGCACCAAGUCCUUCGCCAACGCGUCCUACCUGUCGCAGCACCUGCGCAUUCACCUGGGAGUCAAGCCGUAUCACUGCUCCUACUGCGAGAAAUCCUUCCGCCAGCUCUCCCACUUACAGCAGCACACCAGAAUCCACACAGGUGAUCGGCCGUAUAAAUGUCUCCAUCCAGGCUGUGAAAAGGCCUUCACGCAGCUCUCCAAUCUGCAAUCUCACCAGAGAUCACAUAAUAAAGACAAGCCUUACAAGUGCUCCAACUGUUACCGCGCUUACUCAGACUCCGCCUCCCUCCAAAUCCACAUGUCAGCUCACGCAAUCAAAAACGCCAAGGCGUAUUGCUGCAGCAUGUGUGGUCGAGCCUACACCUCUGAGACCUACCUAAUGAAGCACAUGUCUAAGCACACGGUGGUAGAACAUCUAGUGAGUCAACACUCGCCGCAAAGGACCGAAUCCCCCAACGUUCCCGUUCGCAUUUCCCUCAUCUAAGCUUCCCGGUCCUGCGGUCAGUCUUUCCCAACCUUGGCAUAAGCAAGCGAAAUCGCCUGUUCUUGGUGGUUUGACAUUACAGUUUUUUUUGUGUGUGUGUGUGUGUUUGUUUGUUUGUUUUACUUUUUGAGAACAUUCCAAAAGGUAUUAGACUGUGUGGAUAGAGGCUCAAAACACAGCAGCGAUUUGGGAAGGUUCUGUUACACGCGUUCCUCUUCUUGAACUCAUUGUUGAGUUGAGAGGGAACAAUCGGGAAAUCCAAAGAUGGUUUCACAGCACUUUCAGGCCACACAGUUUUGGCUUUAAACGUUUCUGGUCUGUUAUGACAAUAAAGGCAUUGCUCUUGGCAGCUAAACGUUUGGGACUGUAGGUAUUAUGCAUUAUAAAAUCAGAAGACAUACGUUGUAUGUUUUAAGCUUGGACCAAGUCCAGUACCUCCUCUCAUAUUUUUCUAUGCUGUCUGGGAAAAAUCCCCUUCUUUUGGGCAACUCAAAGUUGGUUUAGAGACCAAUGGUCUUGUGUUUUGAUAAUGUCAAUCGUAAAAUGUUGUCAUUUCCUUGCUUGUAGGGAAAUUGUACUAAAAAAUAGCUUUAGCAUUAAAGUAAACUUCUCAAGAGGACUGUUACAAAUCUGCAGAGGACUUUAUAGACAAAUCUUAGUGCUUUACCAAUUUGUUUAGUGGUCUGGUGCCAAAAAAUGGAAUAUGAAAAUGGCAGAAAAAUUUGGAUGUUUCAGAAUGGACACUUAUAGCGUUUAGAAUUUACACUUUAUAAAAGUGUAAACCUGUGACGACUCAAACCCCUUGCGUUAUGUUGCGGAUGUCAGCAUGCAUUUGACAUUCUAGAUGGGUGAAAACUGUCAAGAAAUGUCCACAAUCUUAUAUUUUGCAUAAAGAAAAUGAAGGGUAAGUAUGGUAGAAUUUGGUAGUAUUUGUUGUAUUGGUAACACUUUACAAUAAGGUCUCAUUUGUUAACAUUAGUUAAUGAACUAACAGUGAGCGAUACAUUUCUUACAACAAUCAUUGAUCUUUGUUAGGAGUGGGCCAGUAUGUGUUUUUCAGGGCCGAUACCGAUUAUUACCGAUCAAGUAAACCGAUAACCGAUAUUUUGAACCGAUAUAUAUGUCUGGUGUAAAAAUGAAAAUUAAUGUCAAAAUUAAGAAUAACAAGGGCUCUGUGAGAGUGUGAGAAUGCAAAACUUUUAGUGCCUUCAGCCUUUCACGUUGAUUGGUCGGACUCGUGACUCCCAACAAAUCAGAUGGGUGGUGGGCGGAGCUUGCUCUAGGCCACAGAGUGGUGAGUUCUGACAGAGGUGGCUGCAUCAGAGCCAAAUAGCGCAUUUAAAAGUUCAAUUAUUUUCUGAAAAUCGGUUUCGAAAAUGACCAAUACGAUAACCAUAAAAAUGCUUAAUAUCGGCGCCGAUAAUCGGUCGACCCCUAAUCUUUAUUAUACUACUGGCUGGGCUGUUGAAUGCUUGAAUCUGAUUGGCUGACAAAUGUGCAAUUAUUUUCAGGGUAACGCACAGCUAAAGUAGUUCCAGGCAGGUCUUGACCGCAUUACAGUUCCAUAUCACUUCGCCAAAUGAUUUCAGUUAUUUCAAAAGUCCUUACAAACUUUUAUUUUAGAUGUGAUUAAUCACGAUCAAUCAAUUUGACAGCACUAAAAUAUAAUAUAUAAUAAAUAGGAUAAAAAUGACAAAUUAUUCCCAUGAUUUUUGCAACACAAUUACGUUUUAUUAUGUACAGAAAGCACAUGCUCUCUUUUUCUGCUCUCACCCCCUCAAAUUCACACACUUUGUUAGUUAAUAAAAAUACAGUUGUUCAUUGUUUGUUAGUUCACGGUCCAUUAACUAAUAACAAUUUCAACUUUUGCUAACAUUAGCUCAGAAUAAUAUGUUGUAGAAGUAUUGUUCAUUGUUAGUUAGUGUAGUUAACUAAUGUUAACAAAUAAAACCUUAUUGUAAAGUGUUACAGUUAUAUUAAGCUUUUAUUUUAAUAUUAAAUAUUAAUAAUAAUUUGGAAUAAAAAAUGAGGUCCUGUCCAGACAGUAUUUAUUACUGUAUUACAGAAAUGAGAUUUUCUUUUUUCUUUUUUUUGGUUUGGGGGAAUUUUUUGGGAAAAUGCUCUUAAUUGUCAUAAAAAUGCAAACAAUGGUCCUACAAACAGGCUUCAUUUUCAUUUAUUCAAAAUACAAUUUUGUAUUUUUUCAUUUGAUUUUCGGGGUGAAAUGUAACUAUUCAGCCAUAUGCUGUUCUAAAUUUCACACAGGACAGAACAAUAUUGGGGGUAAAAGAGCUGGAUUAUAAUGUCGAGUUGCCCAUGAGAUUUGUGUAGCUGCAUCGAUGUCUAGAAUACCUCCUUGGCUUAUUAUACAUGUUUAUACUUAUUAUCAUGUUUAAAUAUUAACAACUAACAUGUUAAUUUUACACAUUUUAAGCCUUAACCAUUUUAUCACUAGUUGUUUACCAUCACAUUUUAUAUAUUUUAUACCAUAUUGGUGUUUACUUGUGUACUCCGUACUUUUAUGUAAUUUUAUUUCCUAGCAUGAACAUGCUGUAAAUAAACUAUACAGUACUUAAGUGUUAACCAGUUUAUAUAAAAUGACUACAUGUCUAGUUAUUAUAAAAUAUACCUUUUUAAUUGUCUUGAAAUGUGGUACUCUAUAAGAUUUGCCUUGGCUGCUACAUGCAAAGUCAAGACACGGUGAGGGAACGGACUUUGUAAAAGUAAGCAAAUAAAUAUAUGAGAAAA